UAUCAUCUAGCUGCGGGUGCCUUCGGAUAUCGUCCCUUUCUGCUGUUUUCAGGAGAAGGAGAGGAUGUUCGUUGUGCUGAGAUUAGACCGCGAGGACUUGAUCACGGUUAUGCGUGCGUAAGGAAUGCUAUGAUGAUCUAAUGACCCUUCUCCCUCCUCCUCUUCUAGGGGUAUAUGCCAGUCUUCUGCUUCCCCGUACGAGACCUGGGCCUGGGAAGUGGAGGAAUGAGGGGCACCGUCUAGGAUACAAGCAGUCUCUCCACCGUACCUACAAAUUCUUCGAGAAUUUCGCCGCUUCGUUCGCUGCGUUGUACUUUAUCGGUGGUAUCCGUGCUACGUUCUACUAUGGAGCCUCCGCCGCCGGUCCCGCCGCGUACUGGUCCUCCUACGUAAUCACCUGUAUCUUCGCCUUCAUCACCGCCGCCAUGCUCGCCGAAGUCUGCUCCGCCCUCCCCGCCGCCGGCUCAAUCUAUUUCUGGGCCGCCGAGUCCGGUGGACCCAAGCUCGGUCGUCUCUUCGGUUUCAUUGUGGCCUGGUGGUCCUCAACCGCUUGGACCACCUUCGUUGCGUCCAACUGCCAGGGUGCGGCGAAUUACUUGUUGAGUGAACUCGCGGUCUUCGGAAAGUGGACGACCGAUACUACUGAUAUCAAGUUCCGUGCUGUGCAGUGGGCUAUUGCCCAGUUUUUCUUGAUGUGCUGUAUCGCGUCGAAUUACUUGCCUCCCCGUGUGUACAAGUGGAUCUUCAAGAUCGCUACUGCGAUUAUCUUGUUGGAUUUCGUCCUCAAUGUGAUUUGGUUGCCGAUCCGCGUUAGCCAGACGUAUGGGUUCCAAAGUGCGAAGUGGGUUUUCACCGAGACUACCAACUCGACUGGAGCCCCGAUGGGAUGGUCCUGGGUUCUUUCUUUCUUCUCUGCUGCUGGUGUCAUUGUCGGAUUCGACGCCUCCGGCCACGUCGCUGAGGAGACCAAGAACGCGUCCGUCGUUGCCGCCCGUGGUCUCUUUUGGUCCGCUGUCGCUUCCGGUCUCUUCGGUUUCGCUACCGUUAUCCUCUUCUUGUUCUGUACCCCCAACUUGGAGGUUCUUUCUUCCCUCAUUGCGCCCCAGCCGUUCGUGCUCCUCUACGCCAUGGCCCUCGGAAAGGGUGGACACAUUUUCAUGAACAUCAUCUCCAUCAGCGCAUUGUUGUUCAAUACCUCCGUCGCGAUUGUCGCUUCCUCACGUUUGGUGUACGCUAUCGCUCGUGAUGGAGUUCUUCCCUUCUCUGGCUGGAUCGCGAAAGUUUCCCCGUCCGGUCAGCCCCGUAACGCUGUUACCGUCAUCUGGGUCGUCGCUGCCCUCAUUCUCUGUUCGAUCUUGCCGUCGAACGUGGCGUUCACCUCCCUCGUUUCUGCUGCUGCUCUCCCUACUAUCGCAGCAUACGCCCUCAUCGCCUUCGGCCGCCUCUUCCUCACCCCCAAGGCUUUCCGCAACGCGCCCUGGUCUCUCGGUAUCCUCUCCAAGCCCUUCCAGGUCAUCGCUCUCGUCUGGAACCUCUACAUCCUCGGUGUCCUCUCCUCGCCUCUUUACUACCCUACCUCUGCUGCUACGCUUAACUACGCCCCUGUCAUUUUCGGCGGUAUCACGUUGUUUGCGGUGCUGUGUUGGUGGUUUACCCCUGCUGAGGCGUGGAUGAGGCAGAAGCCUUUGGAGGAGGUUAUCGAGUUGAGUCAGGAGGGAGGACACGGUGGUCACCAGUCGGCAUUUGUUGCCGGUGUUAGGCAGAGGAGGGGGUCGAAGGGAUCUAGCGAGUGAAGACAAUGGAAAGAGUUUAUUAAUGGGAAUACGACUUUUAGGAUCCGAGGUGAGACGGUAUAAUUAAUGGCAGGAGGUGGAUGUUCUUGGAAGUCUCGAUAUAUGAGGUGUUAAUUGAUU